AUGGGAGACAUUGAGAAGGGCAAGAAAAUCUGUGUUCAGAAGGUUCACACAGUUGCAAAGGGAGACAAGCACAAAACUGGCCCUAAUCUGCAUGGUCUUUUUGGCCAAAAGAGCAGUCAAGCCGAAGUCCUGGAAGCCAACAAAAGGAAAGGUAUAACCUGGGGAGAAAAUACACUGCUGGUUUACUUGGAAAACCCCAAGAAGUAUAUUCCAGGAACUAAGAUGGUUAAGAAGGGGAAGAGGAUGGAUUUAAUAGCAUACCUUAAGGAGGCCACUUCUAACUAAUGGCUU